AACAAAUUCCAACAAGCCGUCGCAGCAUGGCGGUCUCUAGAUCUCACGAAGCUGGUCUCCAACCUCGAUACGACCGCCGAGGAAAUGGUAAAUCAGCAGAAGGAGUCGUUGGUCAAGAGGAAGGACCUCGCGCAAAAGACGAAGGACUUCCGAAAGCUGGACGAUACAGCAAAGCUGGCAGAGAUGAAAGAUCUCCUCAAAGCGUAUCAGGGAUACAUUGAUGUCUUGACGACACACAACAAGACGGUAUCGUCCGCGUUUAUGCAGGCGUACUCUCCACUGUCAGAAGCUCCGGAUCCGUAUCCUCUGCUGGAGGCAUCGAUCGAUUCGUUGAUCACAGCGGACGAGGUUGUUCCGAAACUGGAGUCGGAGAAUGAGCGAUUACAGAAGCAGGCUACAACGCUGAAUACCCAGCUUGGAGAGACAGAAAAGCAGUUGGAGAAUGAGAUCACCAAGAGGCAGUCAUUUGAGGGAUCACAGGACAGUCGCAUCAAAGAGGUGGAGGAAUCUUGGUCCGCAGUUCUGAAGGAGAAAGAGGACAACUGGACAGCGAAGGAGCAGAACUUGGAGGAGAAGGUGGAAAAUCAAGAACGAUUGCUGAGAGAGCUGAAGGCAAGCUACGAAGUCUCACAGCGAUUGGAGAAAUCCGGAGAGAAUGCGCAAGAUCUUGGACGAAAUCAAGCAACUGCGGCUGAGCUGGAAAUCGUUUCAUCCGAAUUAGAGCGGGCGAACACGAGAUUGGCGGACAUGGAGGCUCGAAACGAACAAUUGCGAUUGGAGCUGGCUCAGUCCGCAAGUCAAUCGAAUACAGCGCGAAGCACUGCCGUUGAAGACGAUCCGGCGUUCUUGCGGCUGCGAUCGGAGAACUCUUCACUCCUGCGACGUCUGGACUCUGCACGAUUCGACCGAGAUGCAGACAAGACGAAGCUGGAGACCAAACUUCGUAGUGUCGAAAGAGAGAUCACAUCUUUGAAGGCCAGCCGAGACGCCCUCGAGUCGAAAGUUCAAAAAUGGAGCGACUACGACGAGGUCAAGCGCGAACUUGAGAUGCUUCGCGCCAUCGAGUUUUCCAGCAUUGAUGAUGUUGAAGAUGACAGUACUACCACAACAGGCUCUCUCAAUGGAACGGCCGCCAAAUCAAAAGAAGAAUCCCUUGAACAACUCCUCGUAGCGCGGAACAAAAAGAUCAGCAACGAGCUCACAGAACUUCGAGUCUCGCACCAGGACCUCCAACGUCGUUUCGAACAGUUGCAAGAAGAUCUUUCCUCCACCAACAUGGACCUAGAUAGGGCGCGAAUCCUCAACGCAACCCUAGAAAAUGACCUACAGAAGACGCAACAAGAAGCAUCGAACGCUUUCGAAACCAUGUCUGUCGCCGGCACAUGGACAUCUCGCUAUCCCAAAUCCAACUAUGGCAGUCGUCGAGGUGGACCGGGAGCGGGCACAUCUCCAACAUCUUCCAUCAUCGGCGGGUUUGAAGGCGCUGGCAGCGGCGGCGGUUCCAACUCUGCACGCUUCCCGGACCCGUCCAGCAAUGGACCUGGCGCUGGGAUUCUCCCCAUGGUCACUGCACAACGUGACCGUUUCAAGAAGAAAAUCUCCGAACUCGAAGCCGAAUUACAGGACCAGUAUCGGACUGUCACCUCUCUCCGCUCGGAGGUUGCUUCUUUACAGAAAGACAACCUGAACCUCUACGAGAAGACUCGCUAUGUUUCUAGCUAUGCUCGCGGUCCGUCGUCGGCUGGCGCAGCUUACAACCCCGAGUUUGCCGACCCCACAUCACCGGGUGUCGACAAUGUAUCGGGUAUAGACCGAUAUCGCUCCGCUUACGAGUCGAACCUCUCUCCCUUUGCGGCUUUCCGUAGUCGAGAAACUGCAAGGGCGAUGAAGAGGCUGAACGUGCUAGAGAAAGGAGUGUUUCACAUCACGAGACUGGUGCUCGCGACGAGAUACAGGCGGAACUUGUUCGCGAUGUACUGCGUUGGACUGCAUAUGCUGCUUUUCUUCAUGCUGUUC